AUGUCGCUUGACAUAAAGAGACCAAGCAUCAACAAAACGAAGAAGAAGAUGGGUUUCGUCGUGAAAAUGCAGCUUAAUAACAGAGUAGGAGGAACCAACAAAAGAAACAACCUCUUCGUCUUCUUCGUAUUCUUCAGAAAUUAUUACAGAUGGAUCCUCUGGUUUUUCAUCUCUCUCUAUUUCUUCACAUCUUACUUCUUCUCCGGAGACAAUCCGACAACAACUACAACACGUCUCUUGUCUUACCACUCUCUCCCUUCUCGUGCUCUCAUCGAAUCCUCCGCCAUUAAAACCACCUCCACUGGUAUAUUCAACGGAAUGAAGAUAUACGUUUACGAUUUACCGGCGAGAUUCAACGUCGAUUGGGUAACGAAAUCAGACCGUUGCUCAACUCAUCUAUUCGCGUCGGAGGUAGCGAUUCACCGUGCGCUUCUCUCCGACUCCUCUGUUCUUACGUCAAAUCCAGAAAAAGCCGAUUUCUUCUUCGUCCCUGUAUACGUCUCUUGCAACUUCUCCACCACAAAUGGCUUUCCUUCUCUAAGCCACGCUCGCUCUCUCCUCGGAUCCGCCGUCGAUUUCCUCUCCGACCGUUACCCGUUUUGGAACCGGACACAAGGCUCCGACCAUGUCUUUGUCGCUUCACAUGACUUCGGAGCUUGCUUCCACGCCAUGGAGGAUAUGGCGAUUGAGCAAGGGAUUCCAGAAUUUAUGAAGAAUUCGAUAAUUUUACAAACGUUUGGAGUUAAUUACAAGCAUCCAUGUCAAGAAGCAGAGCAUGUUGUAAUCCCGCCGUAUAUUCCACCGGAGAGUAUUCAGAAAGCUGUUGAGAGAGCUCCGGUGAACGGACGGCGAGAUAUUUGGGCGUUUUUCCGAGGGAAAAUGGAAGUCAACCCUAAGAAUAUAAGCGGACGCUUUUACAGCAAGGGAGUAAGAACGGCGAUUCUGAAGAAAUACGGAGGGAGAAGACGGUUUUAUCUUAACCGGCACCGGUUUGCUGGAUACCGAUCGGAAAUCGUGAGAUCGGUUUUCUGUCUCUGUCCACUCGGGUGGGCCCCAUGGAGUCCACGGCUAGUGGAAUCCGCCGUGUUGGGGUGCGUUCCGGUGGUUAUCGCCGACGGGAUUCAGCUUCCGUUCGCGGAGUCGGUGCGGUGGUCGGAGAUCUCUCUCACGGUGGCGGAGAAAGACGUGAAAAAUCUACGGAAGAUUUUAGAACACGUGGCGGUUACUAAUUUGUCUUUGAUACAGCGAAACUUACGUGAGCCGGAGUUUAAGCGGGCCCUCUUGUACAAUGUGCCGAUGAAAGAAGGAGACGCCACGUGGCAUAUUCUAGAGGCGUUGAGGAGAAAACUAGAUCGGUCGUACAAGAGGUCAAGGGUUUUGAGCCAAUGA